GCCAGGUACAUUUCAGUUCAGUUUCAGUUGUUAGUUCACCGUGUACCUUCCAAACGUGUAGACGACCAUCGCCAACCUGUAUCAUCUGCCCGGGUGCGCCAUGUUUGGGAAAUUGUCCGAGAAUUAUGAGAAAUUCAAACGAUAUGUGAUAUGGCUGUAUAGCCUCUAUGAGCUCAACACACAGAUCUCCAUUUGCGAGCCAUGGGAGAAAGUGUUUUGUAACGUACUCCUCGGUAGUUGCCUGUCCCUUGUCACUUAUGCCACAUACGCCUAUGUUCCCGGCUAUUGUCUGAUGCUUGUGGGCUUUCUGGUGCCGGUUGCACUGACUAAAAAUAAUAGUAACAUUACUGUGAAAUGUGCAGAGGCGGCGGAGGGCUUGUGCCCUAGUAGCAUUAAAUCUUAUCUUACGUAACACUUGUUGAUAGUUCUAAUGUACAUAACCGUAAUAAAUUAUUUAAAAAGCAAAA